GACCGUCUAGCAGCAUUGAACAGCGUCGCGACGGAGGCCUUGCAGAAUGUGCGCCCGGUCCGGGGCUUCUCGGGCGAAGAAGCCAUGAUGGAGAGGUAUCACCACGAGUCCCAAAACCUCAUCUUCUUGGAGCACCAGCGUGCCGCGGCCUAUGGCUUGUACGCCACCUUCUACAACGGACUUACCGAGGGGAUCAAGGCGGUAGCCCUUGGCACUGGUGGGGUGCUGGUUGCUCGCGGAGGUCUUUCGCCCGAACAACUCACAGCGUCUAUGCUCUACGUGGACAAUGUGGUGGGAUCUUCCCUGGCAGUUGGAGGGCAGUACAGACAACUCAUGCAAGCCAUUGGAUCGAGUCGAAAGGUCUUUGAGUAUGCCGAGAUGCCUCCUUCACAGACCAUGGUGCCAACCAAUCGGACGGCGCUGAAAAGGGUGCCCUGGAAGGUCUUCAAGGGAAGCGUCACCUUUCGCAACGUCACCUUCACUUAUGCCUCGCGUCCGGAGGGUCCGCCUGUGUUACGAGGGAUCGACUUGGACAUUCCACCGGCCAAAACCACCGCCUUGGUGGGUUCGUCUGGCAGUGGGAAAAGCACGGUGGCGGCCCUGCUCCAGCGAUGGUAUGAACCUGACUCCGGAGAGAUUCUCUUGGACGGUCGAAGGAUCGACGAACUGGAUCCCAGAUGGUUCCGCUCCUUGUUUGGGGUGGUACCCCAAGACCCGCGACUCUUCACCGCCACGGUUUGGGAAAACAUCGCCCUGGGUCUCGGACCUGUGGACCAAGCGGUGGCCAUGGAAGGUGAAGCAGCCGAAGCAGCAGAUGCGCAUGGCUUUAUCAUGGCGCUUCCGCAGGGCUACGACACCAUGGUGGGCGACGUUCGCCUCUCGGGCGGCCAGCGGCAGCGCAUCGCCCUGGCCCGGGCAUUGGUCAGACGACCGCGAAUUCUGAUCCUGGAUGAGGCCACUUCAGCAUUGGACAGCAGCACUGAAGCAGCGGUGCAGAACAGCGUCAACGUCUACUUGAAACAAAGGUCGGCCUCCUGUUUGGUCAUCGCCCAUCGCCUCAGCACGGUGAUGGAUGCCGAUAAGAUCGUGGUACUGGAGAAGGGUCGAAUCGCAGAGCAAGGCAGGCAUGAGGUGCUCAUGCGCAAGGGUGGCCUCUAUGCCAAGCUGGUGCGUGGCAAAAGUCGGGACGUGGGCCGGGGGCUGCUGCGUUGA